GCAACAACUAGAGCUUCAGAUUUAAUUCAACUUCCAUCCGAAUAAAACCACACAGUGUUCGAGUUGCUUCUAGUCAAUCAACAAAAGUUUUGAAUCAAAAUGAAGUCGUUUGCCAUCGUUGCCCUAAUCGCUUGCCUGAUUGCUACCGUAAGUUGUGCUCCUCAGUUUGGCUUUCCGCCUGCCUCUGGAUCGGCCGCCAAUGCUGGUUCCCAGAGUUUCGGCAUGGGCAUGGGAGGACCCCAUGGUGGUGGAUUCAUGAGUGGAUCAGCUGCCCACGCAGGAGCCCAGAGCUUCAAUCAGGGUGGCCAUUUCGGAGGAAUGAGCGGAUCGGCUGCCAACGCUGGUUCCCAGAGUUUCUCCCAGGGUGGUGGAUUUGGUCACUUCGGAGGAGCCGGUAUGUCUGGAUCAGCUGCCAACGCCAAUGCUCAAGGAUUUGGAUUCGGUGGAUGAGUGCUGCAGAACUGAAUGUGAUAGAUAAGUCAACGAAUGUCUCGAAAAAUCGUUCAUAGUUUUGAGCGUUAAUGCCAAUAAAAGUAUUUUUACUAAAAAAA